AUGACAAGGGAGGGAAUUACCUUGAGUCCACUCUCGGGGGGGAUCACCCUCGAACUUCUGGAGUUUGUUUCCUGCACGCCUGACUGGUCUCCUUGUCCUCCAGCGGAUGUCAGCGGCGGGCCUACUAUUUUCAAACUCUUGAAGAUUGAUCGACUUUCGUUGUACCUCAAUCCUGGGGAAACUCGACUUCUUCACAAGUUGAAGGACGAACAUGAACUCUUAUACUGGAUGAAGGUACUCAUUUCCAGUUCGGAAAGGGCACCUUUGGAACUUUGUUAUCUUCUUCAGCCCGUCUUUGUUAGAGGAAAAGUUUCAUUGAAGGUCUCGGGUGAAGGACUGCUUUCUGACUUUCCGGAUUUACAUAUCACUAUUUCUGUAUUGCUUUGUCAUUGUGCUAUAUUUAACUUGACUGAUUAUUAA